AUGGGACCCCACCACACCAACGAGCAACCAACAUCAGACCUCCAAACUGUCAUCACCGGUCGCUUUAAUAAUUUCGCUUGUGAACUUACCGCAAUGAUUGAAAGCAUUCAAUUUGGAAGGCUUCAAUUCACAGGUGAUGAAUACAAGGCUAUGGAGACUGCGAGUCGAGAUCUUGCGAAAAUUGCAAACAACAUCGCGGAUGAAGUAAAAGCUUUGGGAAAGAGACGGAAAGCUGCUGUUGUUGCAGAAGGGCAAAAGCUGCUUUCUCAAGCAGAGUCUGCCAAGUUGGGAAUGAUGGCCAGCCAGAAACCGAAAAGUCUGGUCCUCUUCGUCAGAAACAUGCAGCUGUUCUUCAACCCACCGGGGGAGUCAAAGCUGGAUUCUCCGACAGUUCAAAAAAGAAAGCAAUUGACCCGGGAACGCUGUGAAAGACUACGAGGUCUUGCCCCGGACAAAAUAAUUUUGUGGGCAGCAGCAUUUGCUCCCAGCAUUUGGGAUUCAAAUGUACUUCAGAAAAGUACAUUUGACUUCGUCGUUGAAUUUUUGGAGCCUGGCAAUUCACUCUCCUGGCCCCCUCACAUAUACGGAAUUUUGAAUACACUAGUUACAGAGCAACCUCUUUGCCAAUCGUCUGGUUUCAAAGAGUUUUUGACAGCUGUACAAGAGAGUGUUGAAACAGGCCAAAAAGUCACGGGUUCAUGUUCUCAAAAGGCACAGACACAGCAAACUGAGGUUCCCGACGUCGAUGAAGGUGCCCAGGAAGUCAUUGAAAGAGCAUUUCUUGUUCCACCUACCAAAUUAGACAAACUCUUGAAGCUCCAUCCCCAAUCAACAGCCCGCCACAGCAUUAUCCUCACUAUCCCCAUUGUCGACCGCGUGGCAACAGUUCUCAUUUCUAUACCGCGAGAAGAUGCUAUUCGAUUUGGUUGGGAAUCGUCGUUACCCGUUAUUUUCAACGCAAGCCCCCAACCUACUUUCGUCCAAUCAACCUCAGCUCGACUAACAUUGCCUCAAUUUGAUGAUUGA